AUGAGCAAAGUAGUGCUGGUUACCGGCGGUACCGGUCUAAUCGGAAAGGCUAUCGAAACGGUGAUAAAGGAAGAAAAUCCUGCCGAUGAGCGGUGGAUUUUCGUCGGCUCAAAAGAUGCCGAUCUAACCGAUUUAGCUGCAACCCGGCAAAUGUUUCUAAAGCAUCAACCAACGCACGUGGUUCAUCUGGCAGCGAUGGUCGGUGGGUUGUUCCACAACAUGAGCAAUAAUUUGGAUUUCUUUCGCAAAAAUAUGCUGAUCAACGAUAACAUUCUGCUGCUAAGCCACGAGUUGAAGGUGAAAAAAGUUGUAUCCUGCCUAUCGACGUGCAUCUUCCCCGAUAAAACUUCUUACCCCAUCGAUGAAACUAUGAUACACAAUGGUCCGCCCCAUGAUUCGAAUUUUGGGUACAGCCAUGCCAAGCGUAUGAUCGACGUACUAAAUAAAGCCUACAACCAACAGUACGGCGAUAUGUUCACCUCCGUAGUGCCUUGCAAUGUGUUUGGACCACAUGAUAACUUUGUGCCGGGUGUAAGUCACGUCAUUCCCGGCAUGAUUCAUCGUUUGCAUGAACUUAUGUUUGUUAAAAACCCCGACCAACCGCAAGAAAGUAAAGUAUUCUCCGUGUACGGGACGGGAAAACCCCUCCGGCAGUUCAUCUACUCGUUGGAUCUUGCCAAACUCUUCAUCUGGGUGCUGCGUCAGUAUGACAGCGUUGAACCGAUCAUCCUGUCGGUCGACGAAUCGGCCGAAGUGUCGAUCGCUCAGCUGGCCGAAUCUUUGGCAAACGCUUUCGAUUUUAAGGGAACGCUCGACUACGACACCACCAAAGCUGAUGGCCAGUACAAGAAGACGGCCUCAAAUGCGAAGCUACGGAAUCAUUUGCCAAACUUUCAGUUUACAGACUUUGAUGUGGCAAUUAAGGAAACCGUACAGUGGUACACUGCCAACUAUGAGCAGGCAAGGAAGUGA